AUGUCAAAGCUCCUGCUCCAAGCUGCCAAAUCCAAACACUUCUCUGUGGUCGUGACGGAAGGACGGCCUAACGAGACCGGAUACAAGACCGCCGAGCUUCUCUCAAAUGCAGGGAUCCCCACAACAGUCAUCGUGGACGCCGCUAUGGGGUACUACAUGGAACGUAUCAAAAUGGUGGUUGUGGGAGCUGAAUGUGCCGUCGAAAUCGACGGGAUCGUCAACCAGAUCGGGCCGUUCUCGUGCCCGAUGAUGCUGACGAGAGAAUUUUAG